AUGAGGCCUUUGGGAAUCAGGGUCUACCAACAGCUAGUGGAGAAGGCCCGUGAAGUCGAGGCUAUGGAAAACAGGCAGAGAGGCCGCCCAGAGAACAGAGGGUCAGUACGCCCGGGACAGAAUCAACCGGGAAGAUUCAAUGGACAGAGACCAGUGGGGAAGUUCGAUAAGGGCAAGGCGCCAAUGAGAAAGCCUUACCAGCGCCCAGCUGCCCAAGUGCCAAAUGGUGUGAGGGGAGCAGCCCCUGUUUCAAAGGAAGAUGUGACCUGCUACAAGUGCAAUGAGAAAGGACACUAUGCGAAUGAAUGUGGCAAGGAGAUUGUAUGCUGGAGAUGCCGAAAACCAGGACAUGUGGAGAGAAAUUGCCCGAGUGCUGCUAAAGCUGAGCCAGUGCUGAAUACCGCCAGAGGGAGACGACCAUCUGCUCCAGGUCGUGUCUUUGCUAUUUCUGGCGAACAGGCCGCUGUUACUGAUGACCUUAUCCAGGGUACGUGUCUUAUUUCUGGGACAUCACUAAUGGUUUUAUUUGAUUCGGGUGCCACGCACUCAUUCAUUGCUGAGGACUGUGUGAAGAGGUUAGGGUUACUGACUGCUGACCUACCCUUCGAUCUGGUGGUGACAACCCCUGCCGCUGAUCGACUAGUUACACGCACGGCAUGCUUGCAAUGUCUGUUGGUUUACGAGGAUCGGAAGUUCUUUGCGAACCUCGUCUGUUUAGGGCUCAAAGAACUGGAUGUGAUCUUGGGAAUGGAUUGGUUAGCGCAAUAUCACGUGCUCUUAGAUUGUGCUAACAAGGCGGUAGUAUUCCCAGAUCCCGGCGUUACGGAUUACUUAAAUUCGUACAACUUGGGGAAGGGUUCACCAGCGUAUGUGAACUCUAUCGUUGCCGAAGCGAAACAUGAUGGUGAUGUGCGCAAUAUCUUGGUGGUACAGGAUUAUGUCGAUGUGUUUCCCGAAGAUGUACCCGGUUUGCCACCAGUCAGAGAGACGGAGUUCUCUAUUGACAUUGUGCCCGGUACUGGACCAAUAUCGAUGGCACCUUAUCGUAUGGCCCCAGCGGAGUUGGUAGAGUUGGCAAAGCAGUUGGAUGAUCUCUCCUCAAAGGGAUUCAUUCGACCUAGCGUAUCGCCAUGGGGUGCACCUGUGCUAUUGGAGAUUAAGAAGAGGCUAAGUGGGCCAAGUGAUUUGGAUGAGAAGGAAGGAGCUAGGGCUAUGAAAAUCCUAGCCCAUUAG